AAUUUUCUCUGUUCCAGGCGUAGAAUGCAGCGAUACGAAGCGCGGUGCUCGUCCGCGACGAGGCGAUGAGAAGGCUGAAUGGAGGCCGAGGAAGCCUCAGAGCCCCCUGGGGCUCCGACGAAUCUUCCCUCAGAGAAGCACAACAAGAUGAACCGUAGUCGCACACCGCAUUCAUUCUUUAACUAAAUCAACUAUCCUUUGCAACUUGUACAAAAUUGCAAUUAAAACAUAAACAAUUGAUAUUAUCAACUAACGAAACAAUCAAAACUCUCGAUCCACUUUGGAGAAACGAUUUUGAAGAAACCGCGCUUUUACAUACCUACGAACAGAUCGAUCGAUCAUCCAAUUAGUUUAGAAAAUUCAAACAGCAGAGCUCUUCACGAAUACGGCCUCUGAUAUAUUUCCUAUCCAGACGCACAAAUCAUUUCGAACCACUUUGGAAUUGUGUUUGAUAUGAAUAUAAAUCUGAAAGAAAAGAUCUAUUAACACGCGAUAACCAAGAGUUCUGAACAACGAAGUGUAAUUACGAUUAGGAUCGUUUGGUUUAAUUUUUAUUAAGGAAGGAACAAUCGUUUGGAAAGAUGGCCGCACCGGUGAUAGAGAAGAAACGAUUCUUUUGCCGCGAAUGGGCGUUCACUAAAUUGUCCCAUUGCUUGGAGCAAAGGCCAGCCUCGAAAACCUGCGGUGUUCUGGUCGUCGGUGGUCCAGGAAGCGGGAAAACUGCGUUCAGUGCGGAAUUAGCUUGGCCAUCGGCCGGUGCCAAUGCCAGACAUCAAAGAUCUUUGAACAGGAGAUUAUUGGCCAGGCACUUUUGCCAAGCUAGGAGCGAAGCAUCCUUGUCACCAGCACAAUUCGUCAGAUCCCUAGUUGCUCAACUUCUGCAACCCGGUUCGGAUGGAAUUCACAGAGUGUCUUCGAGCUCUCCAAUACCAGGAAGCACAACGACCACCAAUGCCACAACAGUACCAUUAACAUCGAGGGAAAUGGUGGCAGAAGCGUACGCGGAAAAGCUUAGAACGGACCCAGAAAUACAAGCCGCCUUGCAACCAGAUGUUCUUGACAGAGACCCCGACGACGCUUUAAAGAAGGCACUACUAUUUCCUCUUCUCGAGUUGGAACCACCAAAAAAUUGUCUGUUUCUAUUAGUCGAUUCCAUCGACGAGGGUCAAACUUUGGAUCUUCCACAAACCGGUACCAGAGACUCAAGAAGAGAAAAUGAUAACGUCAGUAGAACAAUUGCUGAAUUGUUGGCUAAUCAUCAUCAUCUGUUUCCUCAAUGGUUGCUGUUGGUUUGUACCGCUCGGCGUCAGAGCAAGCCAAUCUCGAGGAUGUUCAGCGGCUUUCGGAAAAUCCCUUUGGAUGAUUUAAGAAAGUCCUUAGUGGUCAGAGAUAUUCAGCAGUAUAUUCUCGCUCGGUUAGAUCAAGAAGAUGCGCUUAGGCAGCACAUCUCGCGCGAUACAGCCGAGAUGCUAAACCAGCUGCACAUCAAGAGCAACGGCUGUUUCCUGUACCUGGAGAAAGUUCUCGAUGGUGUGGCCGAGAACUUUAUCGUGCUACGCGAGGUUCGCGAGAUACCAGGCACCCUGAAUGGUCUCUACCUAUGGUUGUGUCAAAGACUCUUCAGUAGAAAGCAAUUUGCCAAAGUUCAACCUUUGCUAAACGUGAUACUGGCCGCAAAACUACCAAUCACACAAGAGAUACUCUACAAAUGCGUAAAAACGGCAUGCACGAGUAUUACCAUAGAAGACUUCAACCGACGUUUGCACCUUUUACGCAGAGUCAUCUCUGUCUCUCGUGCAGGAGCAUUGAUGUUAUUCCAUCAUAGUUUUGCAGAAUGGUUGCUGGACGUGAAACAUUGCACGCAGAAAUAUUUAUGUUCCGCUAUUGAGGGUCACGCAAUGCUGGCCGCUUAUUAUACCCUUCGUGGACCAGAAUUAAACGCCGACGAGAUCUGCGUGUUAGGACAACAUCUGCAACGAGCCAUAACGAGUAUAGCUACUACAAAUUGUAACCUGGAUGUGCACACGCUUCAAGUGGUCUGGAUGGUAGGCAGUGGAGCGCCUAUAGAAGACUGUUACCUGGACAGUUCUGAAUGCAUUCUCUGGCCUAGGCAAGAGGUGAAAUUAUUGAAGUUGUUGAUUGAUGCCGGAGCCAAACCAUCCGAGAAAAUUGUCGAAGACGAUGCCAAUAAGGAUGCUGUCUCUUCUAGUCAAGUCUCGCAAGAUGUAAGCCCUAUGGAUGAAUCUCCCAGCGAACCAUUAACGGAACUACUCGGCGAAAGCGGGGACAUCAAUCAAGCUGAUUCUUGCGGACGAACAGUACUGCACACGCUUGCUGCAGAUGGUAAUGCAUCUCUGCUGGAGCUGGCUCUAGCGACGUGUCCACAGGCAAAGUUGGAAGCUACUGAUCGUCACGGUCAAACACCUUUGAAUCUUGCUGCCAGGCAUGGUUAUGCGGAUGUGGUACGAGUUCUGUUGGCUGCUGGGGCUUGUGCGGAUCAUGCUGACUGCGAUGGAUGGACAGCUCUUAGGGCUGCUGCCUGGGGUGGACAUACUCAGGUAGUCGAAAUGCUGCUGGAGCAUGGAGCAAUGGUGGAUUGCGCCGAUUGGGAUCAACGAACCGCGCUCAGAGCAGCCGCUUGGGGUGGCCACGAGGACAUCGUUAAAGCGCUUCUACAGCACGGCGCCGACGUGAACAGAACAGAUGACGAGGGUAGAACCGCCUUAAUUGCCGCUGCUUACAUGGGUCACAGCGAAAUCGUCGAACAUCUUCUAGACUUCGGCGCGGAGAUCGAUCACGCCGAUAACGAUGGAAGGACUGCACUCAGCGUCGCUGCCCUCUGUGUCCCUUCCAAUCAUGGCUAUGCAAAAGUAGUUACAAUUCUAUUGGAAAGAGGAGCUGCAGUCGAUCAUCAAGAUAAGGAUGGUAUGACACCAUUGUUAGUGGCUGCAUUCGAAGGACAUAGGGACGUUUGUGAAUUAUUGUUGGAAUACGAGGCAGAUGUAGAUCAUUGCGCGGGUCGCACACCUUUGUGGGCAGCUGCUAGCAUGGGCCAUGGAUCAGUGGUUGCUCUUCUCUUAUUCUGGGGAUGUUACGUUGAUAGCAUCGAUAACGAGGGCAGGACAGUUUUGAGCGUGGCUGCUGCUCAAGGCGGCACAGAUGUAGUAAAACAAUUAUUAGAUCGAGGCUUAGAUGAACAACAUAGAGACAAUUCAGGUUGGACACCCUUACAUUAUGCAGCAUUUGAAGGUCACAUCGACGUUUGUGAAGCACUACUAGAAGCAGGAGCCAAAAUUGAUGAAACUGACAAUGAUGGAAAAGGUGCACUAAUGUUGGCUGCACAAGAAGGACAUGCUGCAUUAGUUGAAAGACUGUUAGAACAGCAUGGAGCGCCAAUCGAUCAACAUGCUCAUGAUGGAAAAACUGCUCUCAGACUUGCAGCUUUGGAAGGUCACUACGAUACUGUCAGGGUACUAUUAGCUCAUAAUGCAGAUGUGAAUGCAAAAGAUGCUGAUGGAAGAAGCACUCUUUAUAUUCUUGCUCUAGAAAACAGAUUGGCAAUGGCAAGAUUUUUGUUGGAGCAUGCCCGAGCAGAUGUGGAAAGCAGAGAUUCAGAAGGACGAACUCCUCUGCAUGUAAGUGCUUGGCAGGGACAUGUCGAAAUGGUAGCUUUGUUAUUAACAGAAGGUAGUGCCAGUGUAAAUGCUUGUGACAAUGAGAAUAGAACUCCUUUACAUUCUGCAGCCUGGCAAGGUCAUGCAGCCAUUGUCAGAUUGCUCCUUGAACAUGGAGCAACUCCUGAUCAUACUUGUAAUCAAGGAGCAACAGCUUUAGGUAUUGCCGCACAAGAGGGUCAUGAACACUGUGUACGAGCACUUUUAAAUCACGGUGCUGAUCCCAGCCACUCUGAUCAUUGUGGUCGAAAUGCUAUCAAAGUAGCUGCCAAAAGCGGCCAUGAUACAGUAGUAAGAUUGCUCGAGGAAUAUUCAGCUAAUCAACGAAGUCUAAGGCCUGGCAUCAAUGGAGGCGGAAGUAGUAGUGCUACUUCAGUAACAUCAAAUUCGACAGCAGAAACAAAACCAUCAUCCGCAAUUUUGAAUCCCCUUUCAACUCAAUACAGUCCGGCAGAGUCGCCGGAUUCGACAAAAAGAAGAAGCUGCGUGUCUCUGGGAAAUAAUUCCAGCAACAGUAAAUCUAGUAGCAAUCUAACCGGUAGCACAAAAAGCGAUCAGGGAAAAUUUAACCAGAACUCGAUGGUGAAUCAGGUAAUAAAAACACCAUUAUCUUUCACGCAACAACUGCAACAAUGCUCGAGGGGAGCCAAGAGUCGUCCACUCAGCAAACUUUUAUCACCUCUGAAAAGUGAACCGCAAAGUCCUAUCUACGCAUCACCACCUCAUUCGCCGUUAAGUGACAGCCUGAUACCCUAUUCGCCAACAAACACAAGUCCACCUAGUGCUCAGACCGCGGCGAAUGUGAUACAAAAUCAACUUGGAGUAUCAUUGUUGACUGGAAAUCAAAAUAUACCAUAUAAAGUGCAGAUCGGAGGAUAUAAUCAUACAUCGGCUAUUUACGAACCGAUUAAUAUAAAGACCGAGAUCAUCGAUAAAAAUGAAAUUAGCAAACCAUUUGAAUUAACGAACGAAAUGUUAGGUUUAAGCGUGACAAAAGACAAAAAAAAUGGACUUGAUGAAAAAAGAAAUUCAGCCGACACUCAUUUCACUAGAGAUACUCAUAUGAGAAUAAUAUUGGGUAACAGUGGUGCUGGUGUUGGCAGAAGCGUAAAACAUGCCUCAGAUCAUACACCUGCUAGUGCAAGUAAUGCAAAACCAAAGCGUAAUGGUUUGGUUUCCAAUCCAGCCAUGAGAUUAGUAGCAGGUGUUAGGAAUGGAAUUGAAAAUGCAACUAAUAGAAACAAACCUAUCACAACGCGAGUUAAUGGAUUUCAGUGGAAGGCUGAGGCACGAAAGGAAACACCUUUGUAGGGACAGGUUGUAUUCUCAGAAACAUCUCAGCGGGAUACUGGAAUCCGUUAUUGCGGCUGGCGAAUUGUAAUCACCAAAAAGCGGAAGUCAAUAAAUAAAUUUUUCUCUUUUUAUUUGAGCAAAAUCAAAUUACCUCACAUGAAAAAAUAGAUUAAAAAAAUAAAAAGAAUUGCAGUCAAAAGGAAAAUAAUAUAAAAAUAAAAAUUGCGUAAUAUAAAAAAAACCAAAUAUUAAACAGUAUAGAAAAAUAUGUAGAUCUAGAUAUGUAAACUUUACGAAACGUGACUUUGUAUAAAUGUAACGUUAAUAAAAUUCUUUAUUGAUCUCACUAAUACUUCAUAUAAACAAAAAAAAAUGAAUUAAUUAUUGAAACCUUUAAAAUUUAAGUAAUUAUGAUUUUAAUGAAAAAAGAUGAUAUAUUAUAAAAUUUUUUUCUUCAGAAGACUGGAUGCAAAUGAAAUUCAUAAUGUGAUGUGAAUGAUGCAGCAUUGUAAAGAUAUGUAUAAAUUAUAUUAAACGAUUAAAAAAAAAAUAUAGCAUGAUAAUGCAAACUCAAUUACAAAUACGUAAAAUUAUGGCCUGAAAAUUGAUAAAAACAUGUGUAAAUACACAUCUUUUAUGUAUUGCACGAUCGUAUUUAUUAUAUUGUAAUAGAUGCAAAAUAAAUAAAAAGUAAAA